AGACAUUUAUACCCUUUUCUUUAUUAUCCUAAUUUCUCGGCAGGGGUUCACAGCAUUUAAUUCAAAAGCAAAACUCUAUAUAUUUGACAAUUGAUUCGCAAGUGAAACCUCUGCACCGGGAAAAGUUGCGUUUUGUAUCAUAACAUUAUACAUAGUUCAGCCUUUUGGUUUCUUUUGAAAAGCUCAAUCGUUUUCCUUCGUGACUCCUCUUUCAAUAUAACUGUGUUCUCCAUCGUUGCUGACGGGUAAUGCUUCGCUGCUCCACCUUUCUCGAGGUGCGUCUUCCGCACAUUGCCCACAACAUUGAUUUAAUUCGCACCCACUACGCAUCCAAAGCAACGUUAAUUCCCAUGAUAAAAGGCAACGCCUAUGGCAACGGCCUCGAGCGGGUCGCAGGGUACAUCCACGACGCCUGCAGGGUCAACCAUUUCGGCGUCGCCUCACUGGGGGAGGCGGUCGCAGUGUUGAAAGGCAACGCCCACAGCAUUGACACAGGACGCACCAACCACGUCGUUGUCUUCUCCGACACGGAGCUGAUGGACGAGUCGGUGCACCACGUUUACGCAGAGCAGAACGCCAAGUACCGUGCCGGCAACGGGGCGCAGCUGGCACCGGUGCUCGGGACGGAGGAGCAGCUGCAACUGUUUUGCAAGCUCCGCCGCACCAUCUUCAAGGACACCCCUCUGUGCUUGAAGAUCAACACCGGGAUGGACCGUCUUGGCGUGACACUGGAGCGGCUGAAGGAGUUGACACCGUUGCUGCGGGAAAACGGUGGUGUGGAUUUGCUGCUGCAGCACUUCAGCGUGUCGGGCUUAGUAGGUCAUUCCUUCACCAAAGCUCAACACAUUAAGUUCCAGCAGGCGAAGGAAUCUCUGCAAGCUGCCGGGGUAGAGGUGCGUGGCACGUCAGCGGCGAACAGCGGCGCCAUCGAGCAGCGUCUCGCGGUGGAGGAGAUGUAUGUGCGACCAGGCUUAAUGCUCUACGGACCCACCUCUCUCGCUGCCUCCAGCAUCACCCCGGAUGAGGUGCCCAAGUAUCGGUUGUGGGACGGCAAGUGCUGCGGGUACUUCUACACCAAGGUGCUUCAUCAUUACGUUGCGAAGGCCGGGAGCUACAUCGGCUACGGCAUCACCCACAAUCUCGUGCCGGAGGACGCCGUGAUUGUGCUCAUCCCUGUUGGCUACGCAGAUGGCUUCAUGCGGUACUAUUCCAACAUGCCCGUGACGGUGUCCCCCGCCCCUCCGCGAGGCCACGAAGACGAUCCGGCGGUGAAGGAGAGUGCCCUUGUGGGCGUGGUGCACGGCAACGUGAACAUGGACAUCGCGGCUGUGGCGGUGCAUCCAGCCAUGGUGGGACACAGCGUGGAGGAGAUCAUGCGCCGCAUUGAGAACGAGAGUCAAAUCCUAGUGUGGGGCAACGAUGUGGCGGAGAAGGCGGCCGCGGUGAAGUCGAUUCCGUAUCAGCUCAUGUGUGGUUUGUCGAUACGCGUUCCGCGACGGUAUGUGGAGUAG